AUGCCAGGGUACCAGCCCAGCUGUAAACAAAACACGCAUACGGACAUGUUUAAAAUGGAAAGUGAAUCAAAUCUUUCUCAGGAAGUGUACCUAUUGCUUCAAAUGGAGGUUGGUACUCCGACAAUAGUGGAUAUCAGGAGAGAGAUAAUGGAUAUUGAAGAAACUAUCUAUAAUUCAGCUUCAUCGACAGUGAAAUUACCCUGUAGAAAACGCCCUACAUUUUUCCGUGUGGUGACUGGGAGUCACAGGGAGGGAUUCCGAUUUGAAGAAUCUGACGCCGAUUUUCUCUACUGGUGGACUGACCACAAAGUUAUUUAUCAUCCGAGCCACGAAAACCUAUACAACCAAGAAACAUUGAUCAUGAUGGAGUAUUGUAAUGAUAGUCCGGGAUCCGUCCUCCUGAAAGUCAAAAAGUGGUCUGAUUGGCCUAUUGUUCGUAAUAGUUAUGUCACAUUGGAAAAAGGAACCUACAUGUCGAGUUCAAAGUAUAGGGAAUCCACCAAAAAAUUAGUUGUUGAAAAUUCACAAAUACACGGACCUUGUGCAAGAGGUCAGUUAGGAAAUGGACUUCGAUAUGACAAUGCUCAUUCAAUGAAAUGUGAUAUUCUUCCAGAAGUAGUCUCUUCAUGGAUAAAACGUUGCCUAACGAAAGGUUGGCCCGAUUCUACCGUAUUGCAAUACGCCAGAAGAACAGGUUGUCAUUUUGUUCCAAUUGGUCGUAAAAACUCGCCAAAACAGGAUUAUGAAUGGCGAAUUUCCUUCAAUCUUAUUGAAUUGAAAUGUGUACACUGCAUGAACCAUGUUCAGUUUACGUGUUAUGGCCUGUUCAAGAUUUUUCUCAGCAAAAUAAUCAAGCCAUUGAUGGAUGAUAAAGAACUGUUGUGUUCCUACUUUUUGAAAACUAUAAUGUUUUACAUGAUACAAGAAAAAGGAAGAAUCAUUUUGGUCACCAGAAAACUUGAUAAACUGUUUUUGGAAUUGCUUUAA